AUGUCUACCACAGCCGAUAACCUUGCCGCUGAAUACGGUCCUCGCGACUUGAAAGGCUACGGACAGCACACCCCAGACCCUAAAUGGCCAAACGGCGCGAAGAUAGCGAUCAGCAUAGUACUCAAUUAUGAGGAGGGAUCUGAGGUGACAGGCGGUGAAGACGGUGUAACAGAAAUGAGCGGUAGUGAAAAAGGUCCGGGGAUGGUGCCUAUGAGAGGAGCGAGGGACGUCAACACGGAAAGUCUCUAUGAGUACGGGUCAAGGGCUGGGGUGUGGCGCGUUCUUCGUCUGUUCAAGGAAUACAACGUUCACUGCACAAGCUACGCUGUGGGACAGGCUCUUGAGCGUCACCCGGAAGUAGCCAUCGCUCUCGAACAGGACGGACACGAGUUGGCUAGCCACGGUUAUCGCUGGGUUGAUAGGACCUCAUGGACCAUCGAAGAAGAGGCCGAAUAUGCCAGGAAAGCAAUCAAUGCGAUUAGCAGCACAUCACCCUCUGGUACACCACCCAGGGGCUGGUACUAUGGGAAAGCCUUCACGAAGAACGACGCUAGAUCCAGAAGUUUGAUCGCUAGAGUCUUCAAGGAGGAAAAUAUUCCCUUGCUUUACUAUUCAGACUAUUACGGAGAUGACCUUCCGUACUGGAUCCCAUACCCAGGUGGCGAGAAGGACCAAGGCCUGCUCAUCGUCCCCUAUGCACUGGACACUAACGACUUCAGGAACACGCGGCACGAUGCCUUCAUAUCUCCAAACGAUUUUUCUGACUAUCUCAUUGCCGCGUUUGACGAACUCUAUCGUGAAGGCGUUGCAGGACAGGCGAAGAUGCUCUCUAUAGGCCUGCACGGUCGUAUCAUCGGGAGGCCGGGUCGGAUCGCAGGUCUGAGAAAGUUCUUGGAGUAUGUGAAGGAAAAAGGAGGGGUUUGGUUCGCGACGAGGGAAGAAAUAGCGAAACAUUGGAUCGAGACGUUCCCGUACGAGGCGAAGACGUGA